AUGGGCUACCUCGCCGAUCUCCGCGACAGCCUGCGGGCGUUCUCACCCCAGGAGCGCCGCAACCUGGUAUUUUACGUCUUGGGAAUCAUGGUUUACAAGUUCGGUCUUGAAGCCUUCAACGGAUCCAUCACAGCGCUCGCGACAAACAGAUACGACUACGAGUCCAUCACCCACAACACCAGUUCCAGAACGUUCGAGCGGCUGGCACUACUCCAAGGCCUCAAUCAGGCAGCGCAGUGUGUGGGCAGCAUUAUCAUUGCGCCUCUGGUGAAAAGGUUUCCCACGAAGAACGUGCUCGUCUGCGCCAUUCUCCUAUUCGGCCUCUGCAGCGCUAUUCUCCUUAUCCUGGAUGCUUCGACAGGUGGCACCUUUGUCCCGGCGGCGUAUCGGAAACAUCAUCCGAAGAACGAGUGGUCUUACUACGGAAAGUACCCCAACGAUGCGAUCAUCCCGAUCUAUACCGUCAGUGGUAUUGCGUAUGGCUGCGUGGAGUUGAUUCGACGUAUCAUCCCCCGAGAUAUCGUCGGCGGCAAUGUUCAGAAGCUGCGCAAGAUGGACUCGAUCGUUCACAUCUUCUACGAAACGACCGGCACAGCGGGAGCCUUCGUGACCGCCCUGGUGCUCAUCCCUCAAUUCGGCAACAACAUGAGCUUCAUCAUCACCCCGGUCUGCUUCGCGAUCGCCUCCACGAUAUGGUACUUCAUCUCCGACCUCGGCUUUGUACGGCGCGACAAGGGCCUCGUACUCCAAGAGCGUCCUAGCUAUUUCAAGGCCCUUUGGAGCGGGCUUUGGUUAUUUGGGGAGUCGAUCUGGGUCGGAGCUAGAAUCAUCUUCACUUCGAGAAAGUUCAUCUGGCUCAUCCCCGGCUACGCGAUCGCCCUCUACGCCCAUCGCUACCUCGAAAACGGCAUCGCACCGCACGUCGCACGCCGCUAUUUCGGCGAAUCCGCAUGGUCGCAGAUCAUGGUCGGAGGCUCGAACCUGGGAGAGCUCCUCGGUGCGCUCUGCGUGUUCUUGUUCACGAACGUCAUUCAAACGCCGCUGCCAUGGCUGCGAAUCGAUGCAUUGAUGCUCCUGAUUGUCUGGUACAUCCCUUACUGGCGACCUCCAGCACACGAUGUAACCCAGGCUUGGAUCGUGGCGGCUACUUUCCUGCCCAUCUCCUUUGGAUGGGCUGCUGGUGAUGUUUCCCUUGCUGCUUAUAUCCAGGCCUCUCUUGCCCGGCAAGAGUCAGCCAACAGGAACAUCUCCGCUCUUGGAGCCGUCAUGGCGUUUCUGUACUCUUUCUACAUCAUUCUCUAUGCUGUCGCAGGUACAUUUCUGGGCAGGUACUUGGACUCGGUGUACAACGCCAGCGGAGGAAGCGAUGGCGGGGGAACUAUCUACAGCGGCCUGGUGAACACCGCGGGCGUCCAGUUCACCGUCAUCUCGGUUGUGGUACUCUGCUCAACAUUUGCGCCAAAAGGAUCUUUCGCUCUGAAUCCUCAUAUGAUUUCGGAUGAGCGGCUUGAUAGGGACAUGGGAUUCGAGGAUGAAGUGACCAUUCGGAAAGAAACUCCCGACAUGGAGUUGAUUGAGAAAGAGAGGACUCAUGUGAGGGAACUUAGAACGACAUGA